AAAAAGAAAAAACAAAAGAGAUAAUCAUUCUUUAUAAUUCUUUUUCAUUUCUUACAGAAUUUAGUGUGAACAACAUUUGCCUAUCAUAUCAGCGGAAAUAGAAAUAAAUACGGUAUAUAUAUAUAUAUAUAUUAAAUGUACAUUACUUUCUAUUAUCUCUUUUUUCUUCUUUCUCUUAUUUAAUGGAAUCAUUAUCAUUCAAACAUAUAAUGCAACCUAUUCAACGACAUCAUGAACAAGAAACAGUAACAGGAUCAUCAUCAUGUCUGAUACCAAUGAUAGUAUCUUGUCAUAACUGUCAUACAACUGCAACUCCUCUUUGGCGAAGAGACGAAAAAGGAAAUACCAUAUGUAAUGCCUGUGGACUAUAUUAUAAACUACAUCAAGUUCAUCGACCAAUGACCAUGAAACGAGAUGUCAUAAAAAGAAGAAAAAGGUUCAACUUUCCUACCAAUAUCUCCAAUAUCUUUCCCGCCACUGCCCCUCGUGCUACAGAGGUACAUCAUCAUCGUUAUCAUCAUCAGUUAGUGAAAUCACAUGCAUUAAAUGCGUCUCCCUGUACUUCUACUCUACCUCAGUUAUCAUCAUCGCAACAUCAACAAUAUUAUCGUCAUCACUGUAAUGAUGAGCAACAUCAUUGUUCAUGUUCAUCUAUGUCAGCAUCUAAAGAACAACAAAAUCAGCAAAAGGAUGCCUUAUUACUACCUCAUCUUCAAACGUUGAUCACCUCUCUUCAAUCUGCCAUUCAUAAUCAUGAAAUAGCAUCAACGAAAUCAUCAUUAUCCGAUCAUCUUCGUCUGGCCUUGGAAUCUCAAAAAGAUAAGUUGGAAAAGGAAAUCAAGCAAAUCGAUACCUUGUUGAAUCAAUCCCUCCCACUAUCUGCCAAAUGUCCAUCUGCUCAAAAUACGCAAUCAUCAACAUUAUCAUCAUCAUCAUCGUCCACAUCUAAUAUGUCUAUCUUCGCAACAGCAGCAUCCAAUCUUCACGGCACUUCGUCAUCAUCGUUACAAUACGAUGAUCCACUGAUACGAUUGUUAUCAGCCAUUUCUGCUUCUUCUUCUUCUGCUGCUGCUACUACUUCUUCCUCUACACAGUUAGGACAUAUUCUUGCUUCCAUACUUAUUCUUGGUAACAAUUCUAGGCUAUCCCAAUCCAUGCCCUCCUCUAUCUCUACUACUAUGGAUACAUCAUCAUCAUCAUCAUCAUCAUCAUCAAGUACACUAUCGUCCUCAGAUCAUCAUCGUUCUAAACCUUUCCAUUUAGCUCCUCUUCAUUCUUUAUCUUCGAAAACAAUUUAACAAUAAAAAAA